GGUAAAGGGAAAUGCGUUCAGGCGAAAGCAUAUUCCAUAACGACCAUAAAGUUUCCUACUCUACCAAACAGAUCCUUAACCAAAGUACAUAGAAAAUUACACCGGGAACUGUGAUUCAAAAACCCUUUUAGAACCUCGUUUGGAAUCCGCUUUAAAUAAUCAGCUGGCCUGUCACACGCUUCAUUCCAGGAAAAGAAAAAACUUCCACUAUUUCUAACGAAUGAAAGAAUUUAUCAAAGGAUAAAUCAUAAAUAUACCAUCUUCCUCCUCUAGCAAAAACAUUCAAAACCCUCCAUUUAAUUUUUUUCAUUUCUGCACAGCUUUUUCACCAUGUGGGAACCCAAAACGUCAAGAACAAUGCAUGUAAAAUCAGAUUCAGAGGGAACAAGUAUAGAUGCAUCGACACCACCAAGAUCACCAAGAAGACCAUUAUACUAUGUACAGAGCCCAUCACAACAUGAUGUUGAAAAGAUGUCAUAUGGUUCUAGUCCUAUGGGAUCACCUACAAAUCAUCAUUAUCAUUGUUCGCCGAUUCAUCAUUCACGCGAAUCGUCCACGACUCGUUUCUCUGCUUCACUUAAUAAAAAUCUUAGAAAUCCACCUUCUUGGAAAAAAAUUAAUACCAUUCAUGAUGGUGACGAAGAUGAAGAUGACGAUGAUUUUGAUGGAGGUUAUAAAGAUUCUGGAGAUGUGAAGAGAUUUUAUAUCGUUUGUUUCAUAUUCUCUUUUACUGUUCUGUUUACGGUCUUCUCUCUUAUCUUAUGGGGUGCUAGCAGAGCUUACCCACCUGAAAUCACCAUCACGGAAAUUGUAUUUGAUAGCUAUGGAGUACAGGCUGGGAUUGAUGCUUCUAAUGUUCCAACAGAGAUGCUUUCAUUGAAAUCAAGAGUCAAAUUUCUGUAUCGAAAUAAAGCUACUUUUUUUGGGGUUCAUGUUUCUGCAACACCACUUGCUUUCUACCAGAACCAGCUUAAGGUUGCUUCUGGGAAUAUGAAAGAGUUUUAUCAGUCAAGGAAGAGCAAGCGUAAGAUAGUGACAAGUGUGUUCGCCAAUCACCUGCCAACGUAUGGAGGACUGUCAAAGUUGACUGAGAAUGGAGUACAGGGUGUGAGCGUGCCACUAAACCUAACAUUUGUGGUGAGAUCCAGGGCUUAUGUAUUGGGAAGGCUGGUAAAACCCAAGUUCUAUAGAAAAGUCCUAUGUUCCGUAACACUGAAACCGAAAGAACUUGGCAAACCUGUCCGUAAUAUCAAGGCUGCAUGUGAGUAUCACUGAUUUAAUUAUGAAGUUUAGUGAUCAUGAUGAUUGACAUUGGUUGAGUCUGUCUACAAAUUCAUGCUUUGGGUAUAUUUUACUAUUUAAUAUUGAGCUACAAAUGUUAGUAAUAGGGGAUAUUCUAUGUCUAGGUUGAAUGUGUAAUCCAAUUCCCCUUUUUAACUAGAUGGGUAUUUUGUAGUUGUUGUAACUGGUGUUGGUAUUCUCAUUCAUGUAAAGUCCAUUAAAUAUGCAGUAAAGUGAACUUUUCGGUAUGAUUUUCUUGCUGA